CGGGCCGGCCAUGGCCUUAGCCGACAGCGCCCGGGGGCUGCCCAACGGCGGCGGCGGGGGCGCCCUGCGCGGCGGAGCCCGCUCGCAGCCCCAGCAGCCGGAGCUGGCGACGUCGGUGGGCAGCGGCGGAGCAAGCGAGGCUUUCCCGGAGAUCGUGGAGCUGAACGUGGGCGGGCAGGUGUACGUGACCCGUCGGGGGACUGUGCUCUCGGCGCCGGGCUCGCUCCUCUGGCGCCUCUUUUCGCAGCCCGACGCCGCCUCGCUGGCCCGCGACGCCAAGGGCCGCUUCUUCCUCGACCGCGACGGCUUCCUCUUCCGCUACGUCCUCGACUACCUCCGCGACGGCGAGCUGGUGCUGCCCGAGCGCUUCCCCGAGCGCGCCCGCCUCCGCCGCGAGGCCGAGUACUUCCAGCUGCCCGACCUGGCGCGCCGUCUGGCGGCCGCCGCGGCCCCUCCGCCCCGCUUCUCCGCCCUGCUGCGCGACCCGUCGGUGUGCGCCGACGACCCGCCGGGCCUGGGCUACUUAGAGGCGGAGCUGCCCGAGGCGGGAGGCUCGGCCUCGCCCACGUCCAGCAGCCGCAGCCCGUCGGGGGGACCCCUGUUGGCGCCCUCGCUCUCCCUCGACGCCGGCGGCGGGGCCGUGGGGCGGCGCUCGGGCUACAUCACCAUCGGCUACCGCGGCUCCUACACGCUGGGCCGGGAGGCGCAGGCCGACGCCAAGUUCCGCCGCGUGGCGCGCAUCACCGUGUGCGGCAAGACGGCCCUGGCCAAGGAGGUCUUCGGCGAGACCCUCAACGAGAGCCGCGACCCCGACCGGCCCCCCGAGCGCUACACCGCCCGCUACUACCUCAAGUUCAACUUCCUCGAGCAGGCCUUCGACCGCCUCGGCGAGGCCGGCUUCCGCAUGGCCGCCUGCUCCUCCACCGGCACCUGCGCCUUCGCCCCCGAGCAGGGCGGCCUGGCCGACGACAAGAUCUGGACGAGCUACACCGAGUACGUCUUCUGCAGGGAGUAGGGAAGG